AUGUGCCAUUCUGCCAGGGAGUUAACCAGUCAUUGCUUGGUGGAGUGCCCUAUAGCUAGGGCGUGCUGGGACCGUACUGGUAUUGGUGUCAUCAAUCAAGUUCAUGGCACAUUUGCUGAGUGGCUAGAAACUUUAUUCCAGACUCUUGAUGACGACCAGUUGAAGAUUGUGGCUAUGAUCUGUUGGGCACUAUGGAGGGUGCGCAAUGAUAGUGUGUGGAAGGGUAAAUGUGCGAGGGUGAACAUGGUUUGUAAUCUAGCCCAUAGCACCCUAGUUCAGUGGACUAGAGCUCAGGACAAGUUUGAGGUUCCAACCGCAGCUUUCUUGACCAGUGAUGAUGGGGCAGAGAAGUGGAUUAAGCCUACGCCUGGAGUGAUCAAAAUCAAUGUUGAUGCAGCUUUGUCCACCGAGGCCUCGACUUAUAGCUUUGCUUGUGUUGCUCGUGAUGAUCAGGGUCACUUUAUUGAGGCCAUAACUUGUUGUAGACAGGGAGUCGUGUCUCCUAAGAUGGCAGAAGCUAUGGGGGUGAGGGAAGCGCUGAGCUGGCUCAAGAAGAAAUAUUGGAGCCAUGUAGUGAUUGAGACUGACUGUCUUACAGUGAUUCAAUCUCUCCGCAGUUCAAUCUCAAUGGAUUCUUAUUUUGGGGGCAUUAUUUCUGAUUGUAAACAAUUGAUGGAAGAUAAGAAUAUUAGUAUUGUUUUUGUUAAGCGAUCUGCGAAUGGUGUUGCUCAUGUUGUUGCAAGAGCAUCACUUUCACAUGCUGAUCGUAUUAUCAGGAGUGUUGAUUUGACUCCUGCCAUUGUGGAUGUAAUUUUGAAAGAUAUUUGCUAA